GACAGAUGGAUUCUCUCAAACCAUGAGCGAUGGACUUACCACAGAAUUUUCCAUGAUGUCCUUGGCCUUAUACGUAGCGUAUAGGGCUCUCCGAAAUAAUGAGACUCCGGUAGCAUGUAUUAUGGUUGACAAGAACAUUCAGAAAGUCUUGAGCGUGGGAUACAACGGAACCAACGAUACUUUGAAUGGAACCCGACAUGCAGAAUUCAUUGCCAUAGACAGCAUAUUUGACCAGUUCAUCCCCAAAGAAAAGCAUGGAGAUGCUGAAUACGUACGACUGUUCUUCCUGAAUGUGAUUUUGUAUGUAACUGUCGAACCAUGUGUGAUGUGCGCUUCGGCGUUGAAGCAGAUAGGUAUUAAAAGGGCUGUAUAUGGAUGUGGAAACGACAGGUUCGGAGGAAAUGGAACUGUUUUGAAAAUCAAUGAUGAUGAAAUUGACGGUAGAAGAGGAAAUUACAAGAGUUACGGAGGUGUUUUAAGGAGUGAAGCUGUGCAACUUUUAAGAAACUUUUAUAUUCAAGAAAAUGACACAGCACCCAAACCCAAAAUCAAGCUGAAUAAGCAAAUUUCUGAGAAGAAGUAUACUCCUAACAUUGAUUUUUUCAAUUUGUACACAAGUGAUGAGUUCAAUGAUUUCUAUACCUGUUGUGAUCCUAAUUUAUUCCAUGUGGACCACGAAGUAUUCUAUGAAAUUACUCCCAAUGGUGACUCUUACAGCUUGAACGAGUAUAUUAGUGAAAAUACUGUUAAUAUGCUUCCUGAUUUACCUCAACUCUUUGGGGGACACAGCAGUUUCGAUGUAGUAGAGGAUAUUGAAACAUUUUGCAGCUUGUUCUAUGACAUUAAACACCAAAAAGUAGAUUUUUCUAAAACUAUACAAACUGUUGAGGACUUAACCAAAUAUGAAAAGAAACGCAAGCUUGAUCAAGACUAACAACUUACAUUACAUGUAUAUACAUUAUAGACUCAUACAAUCGAAUACAAUCGACAGAAG